AUAUUUUAAAAAAAUUCCUCGCAUUCGAAUUGCGACAACUUCUCGAAUCUGAAGCUUUCAGCUUUGUCAUCCCAUUCACAAUUGCAAUGUAAUUGCAGCUGAGAUUGUUUCCUUCAAUUCGCUUCUUGAAUUACUGGAGCUACUCGAUCAAAUUUGGAGCUAGGGUUCCCAAAUUUGGCUCCCCCAAAACCAACCAACUGCCGAAAGUUUAGUCUUUUGAAGUUGCAAGCAAAGGGUUCUCGCACGUUUUCGUCCUCCUCGAGGAAAAAGAGGGUAAAAGGUCAACGAAUUUUGCAUUGGUGAGUACUGGGCUGAGCUUAUAAACUGGAGUUCAAGCAAUGUUGGGUGUGAAACGUAGUGGGUUAAGUUUCUCUUCCUGUUUACUUCAUCUAGCUGAAUGGCAUCCUUUAGAAUAACAGUGUUAAGCAGGGCUUGAAGCCCUUCUUUUUCUUUCGUAUCAGGAUAUGUGCUUUGGCCGUUUGAGGUGAAUCAGAUUAGUGCUGUGUAUUUAGAUUGGUGAGUGCUGUAGUUUGCGAAAUGAUCAGUUUCUGUAAUUGUUUUGGGAUAAUCAAGAAAGGAAAAAAUGAAAGGGCUAAGCAAAGUGUAAAAAAAAUUUUCUCACGGGGACUGUUGCGUGGAGAAACAGAAGAUGAUUUCUCAUAUAGUGGUGAGUUUACUAGUAACACCACCAGUGGAGAUGAAAGUGACAGCCAGCCUCGAGCCAACCGAUCGGAGGAAAUUUUGAACUUGAGAGCAGAGAAGGACAUGGCUUGUAGGCGGGUUCCUGUUAAGGAGACCAACAAACUUGUUCGUGAAGAGGAUGAAGAUGGGAACAAAAUGAUCAAUGAGUAUGUUCGGGAGUACAGGAUUGGUUCAGGUAGUUAUGGCAAAGUGGUUCUAUAUCGAAGUAUUGUAGAUGGAAAGCAUUAUGCAAUUAAGUCCUUUCAUAAGUCCCAUUUGCUGAAGCUUCGAGUUGCAGGCUCUGAAACCGCCAUGUCUGACGUUCUGCGUGAGGUACUUAUUAUGAAAAUGGUGGAACAUCCUAAUAUAGUCAAUCUCAUUGAGGUGAUUGAUGACCCAGAAUCAGAUUGCUUCUACAUGGUGCUAGAAUAUGUGGAGGGCAAAUGGUUUUGUGAGGGUUCGGGUCGUGGUUGUGCCUUGGUGGAAGACACUGUUAGGAAAUACUUGCGUGAUAUAGUAUCUGGAUUAAGAUAUCUUCAUGAUCAUAAUAUAAUACAUUUGGACAUCAAACCCGAUAAUUUGUUGAUUACUCGUGAGGGUAAAGUCAAGAUAGGGGAUUUCAGUGUCAGCCAGGCUUUUCAGGACAAUAAUGAUAUACUUUAUCGAUCACCUGGCACGCCUGUUUUCUCUGCACCAGAAUGUUGUGUAGGCGGUACAUAUCAUGGUAAAGCUUCAGACACAUGGGCAGUUGGAGUUACUUUGUACUGUAUGAUAAUGGGUGAAUACCCAUUUCUCGGAAAAACGCUUCCAGAUACAUAUGAAAAAAUAGUCAAUAAUCCAUUAGUACUUCCGGAUGACAUUAACCCACAAUUAAAGAACUUGAUUGAAGGACUACUUUGCAAAGAUCCAAAAGCAAGGAUGACAUUGAAUGAAGUUGCAGAGCAUAGCUGGGUUAUUGGAGAUGAUGGGCCCAUCAGUGAAUACAUGUGUUGGUGCAAACAGAAGAGGCUUGUGGUGGAACAAGAACAACACCACCCUUAGAAGAUAGGACCACUAUGCUUUUGCCUUCACAGAAAGAUAGGAUUUUCUUUUUGUACUGUGAAAAGGCCAAUAUAUGUGCUAGUAUACCCUUUGGACAACAUGCAUGAACUUUUUGUUAGAGCAGAUCAAGUUUCCAAGGAAUCCUUGUAAUUUUAAGUAGCUAAUCCUUCUGUUUUGGUACAUAAUUAAUUAAUUGUUUAUUGAGAGUGAUUGAUUUUUAUGGACACU